AUGGACGCCGUCAACGCCUUCAACCAGGAGUUAAAUAUUUAUCACAGCUUAAGGGAAAAUUACUUCAUCAUCUUGGAAGUCAUAAUAGCAAAGGAGAGACUACUGGAUGUAAUCAGUAUAAUUCAUAAACUCUUUUCCCUUAUGGAUAUGAAACCUCCUAUCUCUCGAGCCAAGAUGAUUCUCAUCACUAAAGCUGCUAUUAAAGCAAUUAAGCUUUAUAAGCAUGUAGUUCAAAUAGUAGAAAAGUUCAUCAAAAAGUGUAAACCAGAAUACAAGGUUCCAGGAUUGUACGUAAUCGACUCAAUUGUGAGACAGUCUCGUCAUCAGUUUGGAACUGAUAAAGAUGUUUUUGGGCCAAGAUUCUCUAAAAACAUAACUGCCACAUUCCAAUAUUUAUAUCUUUGUCCAUCUGAAGAUAAGAGUAAAAUAGUUCGUGUACUGAACCUUUGGCAAAAAAAUGGAGUGUUUAAAAUUGAAAUUAUUCAGCCUCUUUUGGACAUGGCAGCAGGAACCAGUAAUGCCGCCCCAGUAGCAGAAAGUGUUACUAAUAAUGAAGGUUCACCUCCACCUCAAGUAAAAGUUUCUACUGAACCCCCACAAGUCACUACAAACUCCGUAUCAGCUGUACCACAGUUGCCUAGUUCUGAUGCUUUUGCUGCUGUGGCCCAACUAUUUCAGACCACUCAAGGACAACAGCUUCAGCAGAUCCUUCAGACUUUUCAACAACCUUCAAAACCACAGUCUCCUGCCAUUGACAACGCUGUGAUGGCUCAGGUUCAAGCUAUCACAGCUCAGUUAAAGACAGCUCCUACACAGCCGCCUGAACAAAAAGCUGCUUUUCCCCAACCCGAACAGAAAACUGCAUUUGACAAGAAGCUGCUUGAUAGGUUUGAUUAUGAUGAUGAGCCAGAAGCUGUGGAAGAAUCAAAGAAAGAAGAUGCUGCUGCUGCCGCCACUACUACCACAGCCACUGCCGCCACCACCACCACCACCACCACCACAGCCCUUCCUGCUGCUGCCCCCCCUGUCCCUGCUGUUGCUGUCCCAGCUGCCGCCACCCCCACUGCUUCUCCUCCUCCACAGGCACCUUAUGGGUUUCCUGGUGAUAGCAUGCAGCAGCCAGCAUAUGCGCAGCAUCAAAAUUUGGAUCCAUUUCAACCUCGAAUGAUGGGAUUACAACAGGAUCCAAUGCACCAUCAGGUUCCACUUCCUCCAAAUGGACAAAUGCCAGGAUUUGGACUUCUUCCUACACCUCCGUUUCCUCCAAUGGCUCAGCCUGUGAUUCCUCCAGCUCCACCGGUGCAGCAACCUUUCCAAGCUUCUUUUCAGGCACAAAAUGAACCACUUACACAGAAAGCACAUCAGCAGGAAAUGGAAGUGGAACAACCUUGUAUUCAAGAGGUUAAGCGGCAUAUAUCUGAUAAUAGAAAGUCAAGAUCUAGGUCAGCAUCCAGGUCACCAAAAAGAAGACGAUCUAGAUCUGGUUCUAGAUCUCGAAGAUCUCGUCAUCGACGUUCUCGAUCUCGCUCCAGGGAUAGACGCCGACAUUCUCCUAGAUCUCGAUCCCAAGAGAGACGGGAUCGAGAAAAAGAGAGGGAACGUCGACAGAAAGGCCUUCCUCAAAUCAAACCAGAAACUGCAAGUGUUUGUAGUACUACUCUCUGGGUGGGACAGCUGGACAAAAGGACAACUCAGCAGGAUGUUGCUAGUCUAUUGGAAGAAUUUGGUCCAAUUGAGUCAAUUAAUAUGAUUCCUCCCAGGGGUUGUGCCUAUAUUGUUAUGGUUCAUAGGCAAGAUGCUUAUCGUGCCCUGCAGAAACUGAGCCGAGGAAACUAUAAAGUGAACCAGAAAUCCAUAAAGAUUGCCUGGGCCUUAAAUAAAGGAAUAAAGGCAGAUUAUAAACAGUAUUGGGACGUAGAACUUGGUGUUACUUAUAUUCCAUGGGACAAAGUCAAACCUGAGGAACUGGAGAGUUUUUGUGAAGGAGGAAUGUUAGACAGUGAUACGCUUAACCCAGAUUGGAAAGGAAUUCCCAAGAAGUCUGAAAAUGAAGUUGCUCAGAAUGGAGGUGCAGAAACCUCACAUACAGAACCAGUAUCACCCAUACCUAAAGCUUUGCCUGUUCCUGUCCCUCCUAUUCCUGUUCCUACACCUAUAACAGUACCACCUCCACAGGUCCCACCGCAUCAGCCAGGUCCACCUGUGGUUGGUGCACUCCAGCCACCUACUUUCACGCCUCCUUUGGGAAUCCCUCCUCCAGGCUUUGGCCCUGGUGUUCCUCCUCCUCCUCCACCACCACCAUUUUUGCGCCCAGGAUUCAACCCAAUGCAUUUACCACCGGGUUUUCUUCCUCCUGGACCCCCACCUCCUAUAACUCCACCAGUAUCCAUUCCUCCUCCUCACACUCCACCAAUAAGCAUCCCAAACUCUACUAUCGCUGGUAUAAAUGAAGACACUACAAAAGACUUAUCUAUUGGAAAUCCCAUUCCAACAGUGGUGUCUGGGGCUAGAGGAAACGCCGAGUCUGCUGACAGUGUGAAAAUGUAUGGCUCUGCUGUGCCACCUGCUGCUCCCACGAAUCUGCCUACCCCUCCUGUAACCCAGCCUGUUUCACUUCUUGGCACUCAAGGAGUUGCACCUGGUCCUGUGAUUGGGCUCCAAGCACCGUCUACUGGUCUUCUUGGUGCCCGACCUGGUCUGAUCCCACUCCAGCGCCCUCCAGGAAUGCCUCCACCUCAUCUACAGCGAUUUCCUUUGAUGCCACCCCGUCCUAUGCCACCACAUAUGAUGCAUAGAGGGCCACCACCAGGACCAGGGGGCUUUGGAAUGCCUCCACCUCACGGAAUGAAAGGUCCCUUUCCACCUCAUGGCCCCUUUGUUAGGCCUGGGGGAAUGCCAGGGCUUGGGGGCCCAGGGCCAGGCCCAGGGGGCCCUGAAGACAGAGAUGGAAGGCAGCAACAGCCACAGCAGCAGCAGCCACCGCCACAACCACCACAGCCGCAGCAGCCACCACCAUCACAACAGCCACCACCAACACAGCAGCAACCACAGCCGUUUAGAAAUGAUAAUAGGCAGCAGUUCAAUUCAGGUAGAGACCAAGAAAGGUUUGGAAGAAGAUCUUUUGCAAAUAGGGUGGAAAAUGAUCGGGAACGGUAUGGGAACCGUAAUGAUGAUAGAGAGAAUAGUAAUCGUGAAAGGAGAGAGUGGGGAAGGAGGAGCCCUGACCGGGACAGGCACAGAGACUUGGAAGAGAGAAAUAGACGAUCUAGUGGGCAUCGAGACAGAGAGAGAGAUUCUAGAGAUAGAGAGUCUCGUAGAGAGAAAGAAGAAAACCGAGGAAAGGAAAAGCCUGAGGUGACAGACAGAGCAGGUGGUAACAAAACCAUUGAACCUCCCGUUAGCCAAGUGGGAAAUGUAGACACCAUUUCAGAACUUGAUAAGAGGGAGUCUGAGGCCGCAGUUGUAAAACCUGAAGAGUCACCUGCUGAGGCUACCUCAUCCGUUGAACCUGAAAAGGAUUCUGGCUCAGCAGCAGAGGCCCCUCGUUAG